UAUGGUGAUUAUGAUCCAAAUGUUCACAAGCGAGGCUUCUUGGCACAAGAGGAGCUGCUUCCGAAGCGGGUAAUAAACCUGUACCAGAUGACUCCGGAGAUGUGGGAGGAAAGGAUAACAGCCUGGUAUGCAGAGCACCGAGGCAGAGCCAGAGAUGAAGCUGAAAUGGAGUAUUUGAAGAUAGCUCAGGACUUGGAGAUGUACGGAGUGAACUAUUUUGCGAUUAGGAACAAAAAGGGCACUGAACUGCUCCUUGGAGUUGAUGCCUUGGGUCUUCAUAUUUAUGACCCAGACAACAGGUUGACCCCUAAAAUCUCCUUUCCGUGGAACGAGAUUCGGAAUAUCUCAUACAGCGAUAAAGAGUUUACGAUUAAGCCAUUAGACAAAAAGAUUGAUGUUUUUAAAUUCAAUUCAUCAAAGCUGCGUGUGAAUAAGCUGAUUCUUCAGCUGUGUAUUGGAAACCAUGACCUCUUCAUGAGGAGGAGAAAGGCAGACUCGUUGGAGGUCCAGCAGAUGAAGGCACAGGCCAGGGAGGAGAAAGCCAGGAAGCAGAUGGAACGGCAGCGCCUGGCCCGAGAGAAGCAAAUGAGAGAAGAGGCUGAGAGGACAAGGGAUGAGCUGGAGAGAAGGCUGAUGCAGUUAAAGGAAGAGGCAACGAUGGCCAACGAGGCUCUGAUGAGGUCUGAAGAGACAGCAGACUUGCUGGCUGAGAAGGCUCAGAUCACGGAGGAGGAGGCCAAGCUCCUGGCUCAGAAGGCAGCUGAGGCUGAACAAGAGAUGCAGCGGAUCAAAGCCACGGCCAUCCGGACAGAGGAGGAGAAGCGGCUGAUGGAACAGAAGGUGCUAGAGGCAGAGAUGUUGGCACUGAAAAUGGCGGAGGAGUCGGAGAGGAGGGCGAAGGAGGCUGAUCAGUUGAAGCAAGACCUUCAGGAAGCUCGCGAGUCUGAGCGGAGAGCAAAGCAGAAGCUUUUGGAGAUCACCAGCAAGUCGUCCUACACACAGUCCAUGAACUCGAGUACGACAGCACUGCCUACCGACCUGCCAAGCUUCAACCUCAUCAGCGAGAGCCUGUCCUUUGACUUCAAGGAUACGGACAUGAAGAGGCUGUCGAUGGAGAUCGAGAAGGAGAAGGUAGAGUACAUGGAGAAAAGCAAGCACCUGCAGGAGCAGCUGAAUGAGCUGAAGACAGAAAUCGAGGCGCUGAAGCUCAAGGAGAGAGAGACAACUCUGGAUAUAUUGCACAACGAGAAUGCCAGCCGAGGCAACAGCAAGCACAACACUAUUAAAAAGGUAUCGGAGGGCUCCAGUUUGUAUCUGGCCUGAUGAAAUCCUUUCAAAACAACAUAAAAACCUUCUGUUUGGUUUAACUUUUGCACAUUGUUAUAAUAAUAAAAUCGUUUGAUCUAG